AACCUAUCAUUCUUCUCUUUCUUUCAUAUACUAAGCCACCACACAAAACCAUCUCAAACAUUAUUUCUUGCUCUCUAAGACCUGCACCAGCAGAGGAGGUGAUUCUCUAUCUCUCUUCUCUCUCUCUCUCUCUCUCUCUAUAGACACACAGAGCUCUUUUGUUUCCUUCCAUGGACACUGCUCAAUGGCCACAGGAGAUUGGAUUGGUGAAACCCAUGGAUGAGAUGGUCUCUAAUACAUGUUCAAGGCCUAUAACAGAGAGGAGGACAAGGCCUCAGAAAGAACAAGUUCUGAAUUGUCCAAGGUGUAAUUCAACAAACACAAAAUUCUGUUACUACAACAACUAUAGCCUCACUCAACCAAGAUACUUCUGCAAGACUUGUAGGAGGUAUUGGACUGAAGGUGGGUCUCUUAGAAAUGUUCCUGUUGGAGGAGGUUCAAGGAAGAAUAAGAGAUCUUCAAACUCUUCUUCUUUAUCUUCAUCAAAAAAGCUUCCUGAUCUCACCCCAUCAUCUACUUCCUCUUCUCAUCAAAAUCCUAAGAUCCAUCAAGGUCAAGACCUCAACUUGGCUUUCCCAACCACACAUGAUUUCAACAACAACAACAACCCUUGUUCAUCCAGUUCAACUUCUCUUUCAGAGCUGUUAAGGAGUGGGAUUACUUCAAGGGGCAUGAAUUCUUUCAUGCAAAUGCCAAUUUCAGAUUCAAAUACAGUUUAUCCAUCUGGGUAUGGUCAAUUGCAGGAUUUCAAACCAACCCUUAAUUUUUCUCUUGAUGGGCUUGGAGUUGCAGGUGGUGGUGGGUAUGGGAAUCUACAAGGGGUUCAUCAAGAGAGUAGUGGGAGGCAUUUAUUUCCUUUUGAGGAUUUAAGACAGGUUUCAAGCACCACUGAAUUUGAGCAGAAUAGAGGACAAGGAGGGGAUUCAACUGGAUAUUGGAAUGGAAUGUUGGGUGGAGGAUCUUGGUAAAGAAGAA